AACGCCAGACACGCCAUUAAUCUGUGGACUAAGCUGUCACUGUCAAGUGUAUUGAUGUGUCACUCAAGUUGACAACUUUGACACUUUGUGCUUAUUUUGGUAAACAAAAAAAUAACCUCAACUCAACGUAAGAUUAUUUUGCAUUUUAUUGCAAAUAAUACCUAACCAUAUUAUUCAUUUUCAGUUGCCUGCGUAUUUGCUCCAGGAAUGUCUGGUGAAAGUGAAGAAGACUUUAAACUACCACCUAUAUUCGAUGACUUGAACGAAAGAGUAAAAGAAUAUCUAUUGAAGCCGGAGAACUUAUCUAUCCACAAAUGGGAGAGAUCGCAGACUCACUGGCCCCGGGAGAUCAACAUAGAUUCCUUGUUGGAAACUGAUGACAAUCAAACUGAUCCUGAUACAACUCUUGAGGUAGUAAGACACCCAAUAACAGGUGAAAUUAUUGGGCUAGAAGAGAUACAGUUGCCCCUAGAUGAAGAUGAAGAGACCCUGUCCAUGUCACGGGCACCGCUGCCUCCGAGCCAGGCCACCCGUGGCUCCACCACACAGAUGCCGUUCCUCCCUGCAGGGUUCGAGGAAGAGCAACAGAAGAUUCUGGAUCAGAUCACACAGUAUGGGGAGAUAGACUUUAAUUUGGAAGAUGAUGAGCCUGGGAAAUUUUUGGGAGAAGAACUGUUGAUGGUACCUCCUGGAUGCCAGGGCGGGGUGAUAUUUGCAGAGGAUGGCUACACGGUCCUCAACAGUGAGGGUGGUGAAAACAAAGAACAGGUGGAAAAGGUCGAUGGUAUUGACUUACAGUCGAAAAUAAACUUAGAAGAGGUGGUUGAUAACAAUGCCUAUUUAGUAGGUCUUUGGAGAGAUGAAGAUGACUCGCAAUCAAAGGUUCCAGAACUAACCAAAAAGGUCCAACAACUGACAACCUCUGAUGACGACGACGGCCUCCUUGCUACCACGGCCAUCCAGCCAGCAGUGCAGUUGCCAGAACUCCCAGUCCUCAACAUAACUGGAUCAAAUAUAAGAAGAGGAGCAACCGCCACUGAAUGGGCAGAAAUGAUAGAUGUUUCCUUGCCUGUUCCUGAGUUUAGAGAAAAAAUUAAAGACAUGGCUCAUUCUUAUCCUUUCGAGCUUGAUAAUUUCCAGAAGCAGGCUAUUCUAAAGCUGGAAGAAGGUCACCAUGUGUUCGUGGCGGCUCACACUUCGGCCGGCAAGACUGUGGUCGCGGAGUAUGCCAUUGCCAUGUCCAGACGAAACUGCACACGAGCAAUCUACACCUCCCCCAUAAAGGCGUUAUCGAAUCAGAAGUACAAUGACUUCUCAAAGAUGUUCGGCGAAGUCGGUCUGUUGACCGGAGACCUGCAGAUCAACUCCACAGCGCCGUGCCUCGUGAUGACCACGGAGAUAUUGAAGUCUAUGCUGUACUGUGGCUCGGAUGUUACCAGGGAUUUAGAGUUCGUCAUCUUCGAUGAAGUGCACUAUAUUAAUAAUGCUGAUCGAGGCCACGUCUGGGAAGAAGUGCUCAUUCUUCUGCCAGCACACGUCAGCAUCGUGAUGUUGAGCGCGACUGUCCCGAACACGCUGCAGUUUGCGGACUGGGUCGGAAGGACCAAGAAGAGGAAGGUGUAUGUGGUGUCCACGGCGAAGCGACCCGUGCCGCUUUGCCACUAUCUUUAUACGGGUUCCGGUGGUAAAUCCAAGAACGAGAGGUUCUUGGUGGUCGACCAGGACGGCAAGUUCCAGCCGCGCGGCUACAACGACGCCGUCGCCGCCAAGAAGGCACGAGAAAACGACUUCAAGAAGAACUUCGGAACUAAAGGUGUCAAGCAACAUUUGAAACCGAAAGCAGAACAAACUAUGUGGGUGGCGUUGAUAGACCACUUGAAAACAAAUGACAAACUGCCAGUGGUGGCCUUCACAUUAUCAAGAAAUAGAUGCGAUCAAAACGCCGAGAACCUGAUGUCGACCGACCUCACGACCGCUCGGGAGAAGAGCCACAUUCAUACAUUCUUCCAGAAGUGUCUGCAGCGGCUGAAACCACCAGAUAGGCAACUGCCUCAGGUGGUUCGUCUGCAAAGGGUCCUGACAAACGGUAUCGGAGUGCAUCACAGUGGCAUCUUGCCAUUGCUGAAAGAGAUCGUCGAAAUGCUGUUCCAAUCUGGACAUGUGAAGAUACUGUUCGCCACUGAAACGUUUGCGAUGGGCGUGAACAUGCCGGCGCGCACGGUGGUGUUCGACGAGAUCCGCAAGUUCGACGGGCUGGAGAACCGGAUAUUGGCACCCGCCGAGUACAUACAGAUGGCUGGAAGAGCUGGACGGAGAGGUCUAGACGCGACGGGCACGGUGAUAGUCCUGUGCAAGGACGGCGUGCCCGAGCUGCGCGACCUCACCGGCAUGAUGCUGGGCACGCCGCAGGAACUGUCCUCGCAGUUCAGACUCACUUACGCUAUGAUACUGAGUCUGCUCAGGGUCGCCACAGUAUCCGUCGAAGGCAUGAUGCAGAGAUCGUUCAGAGAAUUCGGCGAAACGAAAAUGGCGGAGGACUACAAGAAGAAACUCGAAUUGGCCGAAAAGGAAUACACCGAAAAGUGUAGCACACCUCUAGCGGGGCACUUGGCACCUCUAGCUACGUUCUACGACACUGCCGCAGAGUACAUGGAUGUUUUGAACGAUAUUACGCCGAUUUUGUUCGAUUCGCCGAAGGUGGCCGAAGAAUUUGUUCCUGGAAAGAUUCUUAUAGUGUCCGUGGGGGCGUUUAUCAACCAGUUGGCUGUGUUCUUAAAUAAGAGUGGCUCCAAGCAAACGCCCUACAAAGUCCUGUUGCUAAACACGGCGAAGAAAGACCAAGAGACUGUGAAAUACAAUUUCCCCCUCGACGACAACUGGUACAGAAUGCUGAGCUUCUCUUCACUCUAUGAUGGGAUAGGCACGGAGGAGAGCACCAUGGAUCACACCAUUAUGUGUAUAUCGCCGAAGCAUAUUAUAGCUAUUACGAAAACUACGCUAAAGAUUGAUGUUAACAUGGUCAUUAGCGAUUGGGAUAAACGGCAGAUACCAAGAUUCGCGGACUCGGAAGUGGGCGCGACGUGCGCGCGUUGCGUGCAAGAGCUAGCUCGUCUGUCGCACGCCGUGAAGACGCGAGCCACGACGCUCGAGCGAGUGCCCAUGACUAAGGCACUGAAGAUCACUAGCGGAGAGAUCCUGGGACUGCUGGACAGGAUGGAUAGACUUGCUAAUGAACUAGAAACCCUGAAGAAGAGCACAGAAAUAGCGAACUUCCGUUCAGAGUUUGCGAUCGUCUACGAACGCAAGCAGACCGAACGAAUGCGGGACAUGUACAGAAAGCGGCUUUCCUUCAAAAAUCUGGCUCUAUACCCAGACUACCAACGACGACUGAUGGUGUUACGUGAACUUAACUACAUAGACGAGCAUGACAGUGUGAUCCUCAAAGGCAGAGUGGCCUGUGGUAUGGGGACGAAUGAGUUGAUCAUAUCAGAGUUGGUGUUCAGAAACGUGUUUACGGAUAAGACGCCGGCUGAGAUCGCCGCGUUGCUCAGUUGUUUCGUGUUCCAAGCGAGAACGCAGAUUGAGCCGAAAUUGACGGAUAAGUUGCAGGAAGGAGUGAAGGCGAUAGAGGCGAUCGAUAAUGAAUUGGCUGCGAUUGAAUCUAAGCAUUUGGUGGGUCAAUUCGAGGGCCAACCCGACCGGCUCAACUUCGGCCUCGUGCGAGCAGUGUACGAGUGGGCGCUCGAGAAGCCGUUUGCAGAGAUCAUGCACCUCACUGAUGUGCAGGAGGGCAUUAUUGUCAGGUGCAUACAGCAGCUGCAUGAGGUACUUAUCGAUGUGAAGGACGCAGCUGUGUGCAUUGGAGACCCGAAACUCCAAACGAAAAUGCUAGAAGCUUCAACAGUUAUCAAGAGGGAUAUUGUGUUUGCCGCUAGCUUGUACAUAACGCAACGAGAGCUCAAUGCAUCGUAAAAUAUUGAUCUCUGUUUUAUCAUUUUAUUGUGAAUAUUUUUACUUUUAGGCAAUAAAUCUUUUUAUUGUUUUA